CUCGACUCGGCCAGUGAGACCUUACAGGCCUGAGAAGUACUGGACUGAGCUGGAUUUACCCCACUUUACAGUAAUCAGUCAUGAACUCGCUGUAUCUGUGCGGAGCGGGCGCUGGCGGGGGUCUGUACCCGUUUCCCCGCCUCAACUCGCUGUUUUACGACCCUCACCAGCAGAUGGCAGCACCGCACCGACCUCCAGCCGCAGCGCCCAUUCAGAGCCUCACCGUGGCCGAGCGACUGGCGGAGCUCAUCCUUGAGGCACGCUAUGGGAACCAGCAGAAACAGAGACGGAGCCGUACGGCCUUCACAGUGGCCCAGCUGCAGGCCCUGGAGAAGGCCUUCCAGCAAACCCAGUACCCGGACGUGGGCAUGAGAGAGAGACUGGCUGUCUGCAUCAACCUCCCAGAGGCUCGAAUCCAGGUGUGGUUCAAGAACAGGCGUGCCAAGUUUCGCAAAGGCCAGCGUUUUGCCCCUCUCCCAAAGGGACGAGGCCCCGAGGACCCCCACGACAGUAAACAGCCGAAAAAAGAGUCAGCGGAUGAAGAGAAAGGCUCCAGUUCUCAAACUCAGCUUUCAUCAUCCGGCAGGGACGUGAGCGCCAGUCCCACCAGAGCUUCCCCUGAGGACGCGGCUCAUUUCCAGCCCCCGUCCAGUCUGCAUUCCCCCACUGCUCUGCCACCGUUUAUAUUUGGAGAACGGCAGCAGCACCCAGUGCCUGGCGCUCUCGGCCUUCUGUCAUCGGCUCUACCUUUCCCUCCUGCGUUCUUACCCAUCAUACAGCCACACAGUAAUUCUGCAGAUAUCAUGCCAAUGGGCAAAUGCAGCGGCAUUGGGCUACAGAGUGCCUGUCACACUAAAUCCGUGGUUUAUCCACGCCUGGACUUGUAGCUGCACUACCCACCCAACCAACCCCCCAGAAAAAGAAAGAAAAUACGUGCCCUGCUGUGCCAGUUGUCAGCGGGGGGAUCAGAGCAGGGAACAGGUGUUCCUGCGGGCCACAUUAUUGCACUCAGAUGGACUAAAUACUGUGGGAGAAAGUUGGGAUUAGGGGCUGUAGUGUUUUUAACUGCUGUUAAAUGACCUCUUGAUGACACCCGCAACUGUGCAGUUGGUUCACUGUUGAAAGGAAAAUCCUCAAUUUUUGAAGAUUUCUGCGUAAACCGUAAUUCAAAUACAAACAAAAGAAAUGGGUUUGGUAUGUAUGAUGUGAAGUAUUGGUUCAGAAUACUCAUCAGGUAGCAGACCCUGAUAGCAAAAAUAACAAAAAAAAAAAAUCAAUAAUUUCCAGGUCGAAUGCCACAAAACAAGCUUUUGAAUCUACAGUAGUUUGAAUCUAGUCCCAGUUCUGGCCUGAAUGCCCCGGAUGCAGAGUAUAAUACGGGAACUGUACUGAGCCGUAUUCAACCCAAUACCUUUUACCUAUUGCUGCCAUACAUGAGCCGAGCAGUUGGCAUGAUCACAACUUCUAUAUUUGAUUUACUUUUCACACCAUAGAAAAGAGAGGAGAAUUACCAUUUGAGAAUCUGUCUGGAUUUGUCAAACACUAGAGGGCACUCCUAAGUGAGUCCAAUCCAAAUGGCUUUAUUUGGAGCAUUUGAGCAAAAGUACUAUAGACACUGUUUUUAAAGUGAGUUUUGGCUAUUUUGCUCCAAUUACCUCCAUUUAUUAACGAUUCACAUGGUCCCUUUAGUAAUUUGCAUUUUGCAUUUUUUAAUAACGUGGGAAAUAGACUGUAAAUAAACUGUAAACCGGCUCUUAUCUAAACCAACCAGUGAGCCUAAAUGUGUAAUGCACAUUUGUUGAUUCUGGCAAAACAUUAAAUAAAUUGAUUAAUCUGGGGACUAUUUUACCUCAGAAAACACUUCCACCAUAAAACUUUAUGUCUUUAAAAUAUAUUUUAGGUCAAAUUUGACCUAAGUCUUGAGACCAUUAUAAACCAAUGUUUUAUAAAGGUGUUAAACUCUUUUGGUGUCACCAUCAAUGUGAACAAUUCUGCUUCUCCACGUUAAAACGCUUCACACCAAAUCCACACUGAAUAACUUUGCUUACAUAUCAUGGCUUUAUUUAUGCAGUCAUUUUGAAAUUUUAGUGGACUCGCCCUUUAACAGGUCAGAGAGGUCAAUCUCAUUAGAAAGCACUGCAGAUAAACAUGUGGCGCUGCCCUUUUGCUGUUUUUGAGCACUUUUUACUACACACACUUCAUACACACACACACACUUUACACACACCUCAUACAGCCUUACGUAUCAGACUGGGACACACUGUCCAGAAGAACUCAUUUAAAGUGAAUUAGAUGAGCCAGUUGAUUUUGAAUCAGUAUAGCUAACAAACAGGAUCAUAAUGUUGUAUAUUACUGCUCUGGUGCUGACACAUUUAACUGAUGCAUCUCGCCUGUUUAACACCAUGUAACAUAUUGGUAUUUUGAGUUUGUUCAUGCCAUAAAAGUGUACCAUGAUAUGACUGUAAACAUUAAAAAUGAUUUCUAUGAUAUGUACAAUUUGCAUAAUUGUAUAA